UUGGCAACUCAUUCUUUGGCAAAAGGAGCACCAUGGCGUGGACGGCGGCCAAGUGCUACAUGCUGAUCAUGGUGGUAGCCAAUAUCGUCUUCCUCGCCGCAGGAGGCUUCGUUCUCUACGCUGGCAUCUACCUCAAGACGGAACACUGGGCUGACAUGUUUGAAGGGGAUACGUUGAGCAAGGCACAAGGUCUGAAUGAGACGGUGUCAUGGGCAGUGCUUAUCUUCGCGUCCCUCAUCAUCGUCGCGGCCACCAUUGGUUUCUUUGGUGCAGUGUUCCGUGUGCGCUUCUUGCUCGUGAUUUACGCAAUCUUGUGCGCGUUGUCGGCGAUCGCGUUUCUCGCGAUCUCUGGUGGAGGAUGGUUCGUUUUUGCCAAAGCAUCGAGCUGGAAGGACAAGACAUAUCCUGCCGACGAAAAGCAAGAACGAGCGUUUGCAAACCGAUUCAACCAGGUGUAUUGCUACGCCACGGGCGCGAACCUGUGCAACAACGUCGCCUUCAGUGAUGCGAUCUCGACGCUGGCACCGAAUGCGACGGAAGACGUGCUGUCUCUCGUGCUGCACGCUCUCAAGGACAUUCUGACGGAAGCUGGCAUAGUUGGCAUGCAGAGUUUAUGUGCAAACUAUCGCCAAAAUGGCCCGGUCGCAGACCUCGCCAGCCUUGUCCCAUCAUUCAAGUUGGAUCCAGUUUGCACUGGGUGCGAAACUGCCAACCAGUUUUCCAACUUGAACUCUGUCUUUGCCUGGGCUAACGCUGAGUGUGCGCCCGACCCGGCGGCUCUCAAGUGGUGUGUUGGUAUGCUGAGUGCGAAAACGCAGGGGCCCGACGCCGAAGCUCCGUUUCGCAUCUGCCGCUCCAAAGUGUACGGCGCACUGACCAAGUGGACACCAAUUGUCGUGAUCCCGUUGUCCUUCGUCACAAUCGCACUGUUUUUCCUCGUCUUUGUCGCCUGUGUUGUCCAUCGGCGUGGCCCUCAAACAUCCAAGAACCCCCUGGACCAGUACAAGCGCGACAUCAUCCCGCCCACGGCCAAAAACAACCCUCGUGGAGGUCUCCCCGUCAUGCCGAACCCCGAGGCGCGCCUCAAGCCGCUUCAUGCGACCCCUGGCGCGCCCCACAUGUGUUAGAAUGGUGGAUGUCUGGACGAGUUGCUACGAUUCACGAAAAAUACAUUUAUUCCUCGUGC